UGCCGCUGCCGCCGCCGCCGUGGGACUUUCCCGGGAGCGGGCUCUGGACUACUACGGGCUGUACGACGACCGCGGGCGCCCCUACGGCUACCCGGCCGUGUGCGAGGAGGACCUGAUGCCUGAAGACGACCAGCGGGCCACACGCAACCUCUUCAUCGGGAACUUGGACCACAGCGUAUCCGAGGUGGAGCUGCGACGAGCCUUCGAGAAGUACGGCAUCAUCGAGGAGGUGGUCAUCAAGAGACCUGCCCGUGGCCAGGGUGGUGCCUAUGCUUUCCUCAAGUUCCAAAACCUGGACAUGGCCCAUAGGGCUAAGGUGGCCAUGUCGGGCCGGGUGAUUGGCCGCAACCCCAUUAAGAUAGGCUAUGGUAAGGCCAACCCCACCACUCGUCUCUGGGUGGGCGGCCUGGGACCUAACACAUCACUGGCAGCUCUGGCCAGGGAGUUUGACCGCUUUGGGAGCAUUCGGACCAUUGAUCACGUCAAAGGAGAUAGCUUUGCUUACAUCCAGUAUGAGAGCUUGGACGCAGCUCAGGCUGCAUGUGCUAAAAUGAGAGGCUUUCCUUUGGGUGGACCAGACCGCAGACUCCGUGUGGAUUUUGCCAAAGCGGAGGAGACUCGGUAUCCCCAGCAGUACCAGCCCUCACCCCUCCCUGUGCACUAUGAGCUUCUCACAGAUGGAUAUACCCGGCACCGAAAUUUGGAUGCUGACCUGGUGCGGGACAGGACCCCCCCACACCUCCUGUACUCAGACCGAGACCGGAACUUUUUGGAAGGGGACUGGACCAGCCCCAGUAAAAGUUCUGACCGCCGAAACAGCCUGGAGGGCUACAGCCGCUCAGUGCGCAGUCGGAGUGGUGAGCGCUGGGGGGGAGACGGGGACCGUGGCAUACCCAAGCCCUGGGAAGAAAGGCGAAAGCGGAGGAGCCUUUCCAGUGACCGUGGGCGGACAACCCACUCCCCUUACGAGGAACGGAGCCGGACCAAGGGUGGUGGGCAGCAGUCAGAGCGCAGCUCAGACCGCAGCCCAGAGCGCACCCGCAAGGAGAACCACUCCGGGGAAGGGACAAAGGAGUCUAGCAGCAACUCCCUCAGCAACAGCAGACAUGGGGCUGAGGAGCGGGGACACCACCACCACCACCAUGAGGCUCCGGACUCUUCCCACGGGAAGAAGACAAGAGACAGCGAGCGCAAUCACCGGACCACUGAGGCUGAAUCCAAGCCUCUUGAAGAGCCAAAACACGAGACCAAAAAGCUAAAGAAUCUCUCAGAGUAUGCUCAGACACUACAGCUGGGUUGGAACGGGCUCCUAGUAUUGAAAAAUAGCUGCUUCCCUACUUCUAUGCACAUCCUAGAGGGGGACCAGGGGGUUAUCAGUGGUCUCCUCAAAGACCACACAUCUGGGAGCAAGCUGACCCAGCUGAAGAUUGCCCAGCGCCUUCGACUGGACCAACCCAAGCUCGACGAGGUCACACGACGCAUCAAGCAGGGGAGCCCCAAUGGCUACGCGGUCCUCCUAGCCAUCCAGGCAACCCCCAGUGGUCCUGGCACUGAGGGGUUGCCUGCAGUGGAGCCAGGCCUACAGAGGCGGCUUCUCAGGAACCUGGUCUCCUACUUGAAACAGAAGCAGGCCGCUGGGGUAAUCAGUCUGCCGGUGGGUGGGUCCAAGGGCAGAGACAGCACAGGCAUGCUCUAUGCCUUCCCUCCCUGCGACUUUUCACAGCAGUACCUCCAGUCAGCACUAAGGACAUUGGGCAAGCUAGAAGAAGAACACAUGGUGAUAGUCAUAGUCAGAGACACUGCCUAGCCCAAGCCUGUCUUUUCCAGCUCCGUGUUUGUGUCACAAAAGCAGUUAUUUUAAAAAUCUGAUCCCCUCUCUACCACCUUGGUUUGAAUUCUCUCCUGGGUUAUUUUGGUUCAUUUGGUGGGGAUCAUAGUCCUAUCCACCACUAAAACUAAGUUUUUGGAUCUUGGGGGAUUAUUAUUAUUUUUUUUUACAAUGAUGAAAAGGGACUCUUGUUACGUUGAUUUCUAGUGUACAAGAUACUGUCUGCUGUGCUCUGUAUUUUUUUAUUUUUUGACUAACUGUAUGGAAAGUUGUCAGUAAAGCCUUUGUCAGAGGAUGGAUUUUUUUAAUCCUG